AUGGGCAUCAAACUCGGCUGCAAGGAGGACCUGAGCGGCAAGGUGGCGAUCGUCACCGGCGCCAACACCGGCAUCGGCCUGCAGACGGCCAAGAUGCUCGCCGACGCCGGCGCGCACGUCGUCCUGGCGUGCCGAUCCGCCGAGCGCGCCAGGCCCGCGAUGAAGCUGGUCACCGAGGGCCCCAAGGCCAGCGCGGAGGUCAUCCCCCUGGACCUCAGCGACGUCGAAUCCGUCAAGUCCUUCGCCGCCGCCUUCCUCAAGAAGCACAAGACGCUGGACAUCCUCGUGAACAACGCGGGACUCAACACCACCGGCGCGUACAAGGGACCCACCACCACCAAGCAGGGCUACGAGAUCUGCAUGGGCACCAACUACUUCGGACACUUCGCCCUCACCGCCCUCCUCAUGCCCGCGCUCCGCGCCUCCCCCGACGCCAGGGUCGUCGCCCUCUCCUCCGUCACCACGUGGUUCGCGUCCAACAAGUACCAAAACUACGUCAAGGGUGCUUCCAAGACCAAGGGCAACUACGCGGCGUCGAAGCUCGCGUGCCUCGCCGCGACGAUCGAGUGCCAGCGGCGGAUGGACUCUAAGUUCCCCGAUAACAAGGUGAAGUUCGUCGCCGCGGACCCGGGCUUCGUGGCGAGCGACGUGUGGCGAAACUACAACGUCGUCUUCCGAACCGUGGCAGGGGCGCUGGCGCUCGACACCGCGGAGGGCGCGCUGUGCUCAGUGGGGUGCGCGGCUAAGGUGGACAUCAAGCCCGGGGCGCUGUACAUGCCCUUCAAAGGGGUCAAGAUGUCCACACUGUUCGGUCUAAACAAGAGGCUGGCGUACGACCUGGGCAUGCCGUUCCUGACGAGGCUCUUCCACGGGUUCGCGAGCGAUAAACCGGCGCCAAAGUCGAAGAGUAAGGAGGCGACGGAGAAGCUGUGGGAGCUCAGCGUGGAGUUCUGCAGGGAUAACGACGUCGGUGUUGACAGCGUCCUCCUCUCGGUGUGA